AUGUCCUACUCAAAUCCCUCCUCCUCCAUCCCGACGGGCAUCCCUGGGCUGGAAGGGGCUCAGUUCUGGAUCAUGUGCCCCAUGGCAGUGCUGGGGAACUCCCCUCUCCUCCUGGUGCCCAGGAUGGACCCAGGCCUGCCCCUGUGUUUCCUCCUCUCCAUGCUGGUGGCCACUGACCUCCUGCUCACCACCUCCACCCUGCCCAAGCUCCUGAGCAUCUUCUGCUUCUGCUCCCACAAGAUCAGCUCUGGGGGCUGCGUGGCCCAGAUGUUCUUCAUCCACAGCUUCUCCACAACGGGGUCUGGGGUCCUGCUCACCAUGGCCUGUGACCAGCACUUGUCUCUGCCCUGCUCUGCCAUCCUGGCUGGUCCCACCCUUGCCAGGCUGGUCUUGGCUGCUGCGGUGCCUGGUGCCACCACCACCCCCCCUGUGACCUGCACGGUGACCAGCCUGUCCUGCUGUGGCCCCCAACUCAUUCCCCACCCUCCCUGUGAGCACCUGGUGGUGGUGGAACUGGCCUGUGGGGACACCAGGUCCAACAGCAUCUACAGCCUCGUGGUUGGCACCACUGUGGUGGGUUCAGACUCCGUCCUCAUCUCUGUCUCCUACGUGCUGAUCCUGAGGGAGGUCUGGGGUGUCUCCUCCUGA